AUGGCGACUUGUGUGACCAUGGGACAGUUUAGGGCCACAGACUCUAAUUUAGGAAUUCAAAAGAAAACCCACAAAGAAAGUAAGGGGGGAGGAAAGAAGAUUGUUUUUGACUCUGCAAAGAAAUCCAGAAAUCCUAAUGAAGCCAAAUCAGUCAAAGAUUUUAGUGAGAAAGUGUAUUCACCCUCCCAUGGAACAACUAAUGGUUGUAAAACCAGACACAGAAUUCCGUCUCUGAGGUACAUAAGAUCAGACGAAGUUUCCAAGGAUUGUGAGCGGUUGUCUAUUCUUAAUGGAACUACAUCAGAUAUCAGUGUAAACCGGAAAAUUACUACACCACGAAGGUUGCAGGAUCAUUUAUCUCUAUCUCAAGAAGUGCUGUGUGGUACCUCCGCAAAUUGUUCACCAAGAAUCAUUGGAGAAGUUUCAUCUUUAUCUGAGAGUACUCUUGAGUUAAUAAGUGAUAAAUCUUUACUGUGUAAUUGUAAAGAAAUCCAACCUAUAAAAGAACCUUCGAGUUCAGAAAAGGAAAGCAUCAGAAAAGUGCCAAUGCUUUCAACGAUAGAUCUAUGUCAAAAAUUUGACUUUGAGGAUUCACCAUCCUCUGCAGAAAGUACUUCUGCAACCAAACAGAAACCAGACAUUGUGAAUUAUUCUAGAUAUGGUUUAUGUUUUUCCCAUCCUAACAGAAAGGAUGUGGAACCUAAAAAGCUGUGUGUAAAACCAGUAUUAGGAUUAUUUUGCCGCAAGAUGAUGUCUGUGACUAUGAGUUUGAAUGAAAGACAUCAAACAAUGCCAAAUAUCUGCAUUCCUGAAAUGAGGGAUAAAUUAAAUUUUGUUUGUAAAGUGAGAGAAACUUUAGAGUGGAUGAAUUUACAAAGUAGUUGUGGCAUCUGUAAAUUAGAUGAAAAUCAAGUUGAGAAUGACAGCAGAUAA